AUGGAUCGGGUCGCACCUACUUGGCUCGAAAUCAUUCUUUGCUCUCUGAGUUUGGUGACCACCGCUUUUCCUGCUGAACUUCAAGGACUACGCACAACUGCGAGGGAUCCCAUCAACCCCCGGAAUAAUAACCCAGAUGUGUUCGAAGGUCUUGAUUGCGAUUUUUUAGGGCCCUCAGAGCUACAGAGCAUUACGGAAGAGCUUAAGUUUCCAAAUUAUCCCUAUUACGGGCCACUUGGUCACCCGGUACCGGCACUUUUCAGGCCAUCUGAGGAGAUAGACGGACAUCAUCCUACUCACGAUCAGGCAGCGAUUUUGUAUUACAAAGAAGGAGUAGCACCGAAGAGGAGAUUGAUCCAGGCCCCAGCAAAACCCGUGGCGUUUUCCAAGGGCUCCGAACCCGUCCAGGGAACCAAGCCACAUGGGAUCAAACGAUUGGCGAUGAGGGGAAUUGAGGAGGAAAUUAAACGACUUGUCCGCCUGCGAAUACUUCCUCCCCAAACCGAAAAUAGAUCGCAUUCUGAGACCUCGGGAACCGUUUGGCAAGCCGGACCGCAUGAUAGAAAACUAGUCAGUUUGAGGAAAACAUUGCAAGAUGCGCAACGACGGCAACCACUUAUCCACCAAUCCGAUAAUCCUUUGCAAACUGAGGCGCCUUCGGAGAGCUUCCAGACCAGUUUGGAAGCCGUGCCCUGUGCUAGCAAACAAGUCAGACCCAACGAAAGGGGGCCUCAAAUGGAUGCUCUCCACUAUCGUGUGCUGAAGGCCCUUUCUUACCAGGACCGUCAAGGGAAAGAAGAAUUCAGGUUGUUCAAAGAAAAGCUCUUGAAAAAACACUACGAGAUAGACGACUUGUACAGAAGUUCUCCAAUAUCACCUUCAACGGAGAUCAACACGGAGAUGCUUGGGGAAUUAGAAAUGAUCGUUGACAGGAUUGGUCUCCCAGAGAAGCAUGGAGAACAUUAUCUUUGGGAUUCCCUGAUCCGACCACCUCUCCAAUCAAAAAACCAACAAGCUAAGAAAUACGAUCUGAUCCUCAAGAGGAUCAACAAAAUUUUAGAAGCCCUACAUUCUUAUCAUAACUUGUUUUUCAUGAAUGGAAUGGACCGAGAAAUUUUACAAAGAGACAAACGAAAUCAUGCAGAACUACUCAAAUGGUUUUACGAACAGUUAUUCACCGAUACUGAUGAUCAUCCCCUGCUACUAGGCAAGGCCAAAGUCGGAGGCCAAGAAACUAGUCUGAAAAAGAAAUUCACGGAGGCCCAGAAGCUUUUAUACAAACCGCUGGUUGAUAGAGCGCAUCUAAGCAUGAUUGAGGCUACUAGGGUUUCAUUUGAUCUUCUAGAAAUUUGGUACAGAGCUGAAUUCUCAAGAAUCUUCACAGGUCCUUUCCCCGCUGAGAAAUACCAGGAAACGCUACCUUGCGCAGCAGAUAAAUUUAGACCUAAUUUCCUCCUUUAG